AUUUUAUUCUAAGACGCGUUGGAGUAAGUUAUCUAAUAAUUAUUAAAUAUUUAAAUAUCAUAUUAAAUUAAUUGAAAAUGAAACAAAGUUGAAAUUUAACGAAUAAAAUGGAAAAUUUGUCAAAUGAAAAUUCGUUGCCGGGCCACGUGGCGAAGCGUCUCACUGAAGAAGAAUUCGAGCGAAUGCUUGCACAAGAUUCGCGAUUAGUAUCAGAAUUUCAAGCCAAGCAGUUAGAAAAUGAAGCUAAAAAACAUUGGGAUCUUUUUUAUAAACGAAAUGAAACAAAAUUUUUCAAAGACCGUCAUUGGACCACUCGUGAAUUUGAAGAAUUGCUAGACUCUACUAACACAGGUGAAAGAUCUAUCCUGGAAGUAGGCUGUGGUGUUGGAAAUUUAAUUUAUCCUUUAAUCGAAGACGGACUAAAAUUCAAAAAGAUAUUUGCAUGCGAUUUAUCACCAAGAGCAAUCGAUUACGUGAAGCAACAUUCCUUGUUUGAUCCGGAAAAAAUAAAAGCUUUUCAAGCGGACAUUACUCUUGAUAGUUGCUUUACAGAAAUCAAUGAAAAGGUGGAUUUAGCUACUCUAGUCUUUGUAUUAUCAGCUAUUCAUCCUCAGAAAUUUCAUAGUGUUGCUAAACAUUUGUAUGACGUAAUGAGUACCAAUGGCGUGGUUUUAUUUAGAGAUUAUGGAUUAUACGAUAUGGCUCAAUUAAGAUUUAAACCAGGGCAUAAAAUAGCUGAAAAUUUCUACAUGAGACAAGAUGGAACAAGAAGUUAUUACUUUUCCACGGAAGAAGUCGAACAGAUAUUUAAUUCAGUUGGAUUUAAAUCCGUGUCAUGCUCCUAUGUUCAAAGACGAACUGUUAAUCUCAAAGAACACAUUGACGUGCCUCGUAUUUUUGUUCAAGCGAAAUUCAAGAAACCUUGAAGUUCAUGAGUAUGAAACUCAUCACUUGAUCCUUAUCGAUUACUCUUUCUACGUGCACUUUUAGAGCGAUUUCCAUUCAGAUGAAAACUCAGCUGGAUACAAAUUAUAGAAAAUUGAUAUUUCACUUGAAAAUAGGUCAACAGGUAUAUUCAAAGGUUCAGGUGAAACAAGAUAGUAGCAGAAUCUAGAGAAUAUUACUGAUGAGAGAUAAUAUAUACACAUAUUUACUGCAUUAAUUUAUAAUACGGCCUUAUACAUCUUCGGCUGAAACUCCUCCAGUAUCAUCAUUUCUCAUUGAAUUAUCUAGUUUAAAGCAUUAAUGUUUGACAUGAAUGGAGUCAAGUAUAAGUUUACGUAGUAUUAUGUAUACUAUUAUUUAUAGUUAAGAUUACUUACUACCUCUCGUGAUAAGUAUUUGGAUUUUUUUUACUAAUUUAUGAAGAGGACAUCUUGUACAGAUAAUGCAAAGAAAAAAAAUAAAUAAAAAUAAUAUUA